AACCGGGAACCAAUCAGCUUGCAGCUGAGAUCAUCGGAGGAAUCGAUUAGUGUUUAAAUAUUAACGUUGUAAAUGACUAAUUGCCUAGUGUCGUCUCAAAUCAGGCUUGCAUGUGCUAGAACGAGACAGCCGCAAGAGAGCAAGUAGGAUAGGCGUAUUUCCAUUUAUAAAUAAAGCUGCACAAUCAAUCGAUGUAAAAACAGAAGAUGAAAUAAGCGGCAUGUCAAAUUCUACACGUCACCAUCACCAGUUCUAACCCAACUUUUCUUGGUAGUUUGUUUGUGGAGUCUUUGGGCCCCAAAAAGCUUGCAAAAUGGUGUCUAUAAUCAACUCAGUGGACACGGGCCACGAAGACAUGAUCCACGACGCCGAAGUGGAUUACUACGGCCUCCGAUUGGCGACAUGUUCAUCGGAUAAUAGCGUUAAAGUUUACAACAUACGGAACGGGGCUUCGGCCUUGUUAGACGACUUAAAGGGGCAUUUCGGCCCCGUCUGGCAGAUCGCCUGGAGCCACCCGAAGUUCGGCAACCUGCUGGCAUCAUGCUCCUACGACAGGAGGGUGAUCAUUUGGAAGGAGACAAAUAGGAAAUGGGCCAAGUACUACGAGUACACCAACCACGAUUCCAGUGUUAACUCUGUACAGUUUGCCCCUGCUGAGUUUGGUCUAAUCCUGGCUUGCGGCAGUAGUGAUGGCUCAAUUUCAGUCCUGACUUUCACCCCCGAAACAAACAGUUGGGAUGCCAAGAAGAUUCAAAACGCCCAUGCCAUUGGGUGUAAUUCUGUCAGUUGGGCCCCAGCCACCACGCCUCUGUUCAAUGGAAAUGAAAAUGAACAACAACCGUUGGUUAAACGGCUGGUUUCUGGUGGAUGUGACAACUUGGUUAAGAUUUGGAAAGAGGCUGGUGAUCAGUGGGUGGAGGAGAGUAAACUGGAGGUCCAUUCUGAUUGGGUUAGAGAUGUGGCCUGGGCCCCAUCUGUAGGUAUACACAGACAUACUAUAGCUUCGUGCUCCCAAGAUAGGCGAGUGGUCAUUUGGACGUCUAAUGACUGUGUAACUUGGAACUCAACCAUUCUGCAUUUAUUCGAUGAUGUCGUUUGGAACGUUAGCUGGUCUCUAAACGGAAAUAUCCUCGCCGUGUCUGGAGGAGACAAUCGAAUAUCGCUUUGGUCGCAAAAUGCCGAAGGCACCUGGCAAUGUAUCAGCGAUGUGGCCAAAGGACAAGGUCAUAUAAAUAACUAAAUUUUAUUAUUGUGUUCUAAUUUUUUAAACUUUAGUUCUAUGUAAACGCGCUAGCUAUAACAUUCGGGUUAAUUGCUUGAAAUAGUUGAAGAAUGUGUGCGUUGUAUUUGAAAUAAAUUCCAAUGAUAUUUA